UUUUUGCAUGUCGCCUGCUUUUGUUGUGGUUUUUAGAACAUCACCACUGCACGUUGACUGAACUGACUACUGGCUCUCUGCCACCAACAACGACUCACGGCGGAGACAUUCAUGUACAACUCAAAAGAAAAAAUCCCAAAGAAAAAUUAAAAUUGCAUUUCAAUUUGUUGUUUGCUUCGCGUUCGUCGUUUGUGAGCUGCUGAGAAUAAUUUGUGCAAAAAAAAAAAAAAUAAAUUCAAUAACAACAGCAACGAAGCAAACACUGUAUAAGACGAAAAAGACUAAAGCAUUGUUAAAUUUUUUAAAUAAAAAUAGCAAUCAUUCGUAAAUAAGUCGCUCGCGUGUGCGGUUGACAAAACGUUAUAGUUGUUGGCUUAAAAUCAAAAACAAACAACAAUUGCCAAAAACAAAAAAUAUUUCGAUAUUGUUUUUUAAUGUUUUCGUUAAAAUGUUGAUAAAUUCCAUGUCAAUUGAAAGAAAUCUGCUUAACAAAAUAAACGCGUUCGCGAAACGUGGUUGAUGAAAUCACGUCUUUUGCUUUGUGUCUUGUUCUUUUUGUAUCAACCCCAAGUUGUAAUCUACGCCGUCUAGAGCGUCAUGUGGCACCCUGCACUUAGCACCAGUAAUAAACCACUUCAAACAGAGUUGUAUGCAAAUGCAGCAUUACCACCACCACCCAUGGGAGCACCGGAUGAUAUUUCCCUAGCAAAUUUAGUGAAUUUAACAAAAUUACACGAGAAUGAGUUGAUGGCAAAACCCCAAACGUCAUCGACAGCCACGAGCCACUCAAUGGCGGCCAGUGUGGGUGCAGCCAAUGCAAGUCCUUCAACUGCCGCAGCAGCGGUGGCUGCAGCAGCUGCCAUGUAUUACAAUGCCAGCAAUGUUCUAUUGCAGAAUGGUCCCCUAAGUCUUAUGGCCCAACUGCAACAAUACAUGAGAAACCAAGUGCGAACCUGCCCCAAAAGUCCAGCGAUUCCUUCAACACCCUGGCCGGCAACAGCAAUUGCUGAAGCCAGCAACGGACACUUGUUGCUUGCUCCAUCUGAACUUGCCGCCAAUGGGUUGAUGGCAACAAGAGUCACAAACUCAACGCUACCACUUCGCUGUGAGGAUGCAAUACCGUCGCAAUUAGUCACCUCUACUAGGAGCGCCUCGGCGCCAGUCAACAAUUCGGUAAUAGAUUUAAUGCCAUUGGAUGUACUAGCCGAUACCUUCAUUCGUUUGAAUGCAUUGCAUUUGUCACAACAAACGACGACAGUUACUCAAACUAGCCUACAGCCAGCCGUCAUACAAUCGCCAGCAUCAUCACAUAGCCCGUCAAGAGGGGUGGGUGAUGAUAGCUUUGGCUCGGUGGCAGCAGCCGCAGCGGCAGCUAUGUUGUCUAUGCGUACAUCACCACUACCUGUGAAUGCGGCGGCGACGGCUCCCGCCCCUUCAUUGGCCAUUGUUCCUGCGCCACCGACGACAAUACCAUCGCCAGCAUUUGUGCAUAACAAUCAUCCUUUGUUUAAGCCUUAUUUUUAUAUGGAUAGUCAGCAACAAUAUCUGAACAAAGUUACAGCGAUUAAUGCCUUAAAUGCAUCCUCAAUAAAAACUAUUCCCAGUGCGAGAGCAGCAUCUUUGCCCGCGUAUUCUGAUAUGCAUAAUUAUUCCUCGAAACCGUCUCUAACUGGAUUUAAGAAUUCUUUAUCGAAAAAUUCCUUGCUUCGUGGUUCGUUAUGUUUACCACCCCGCACCAGCAGCAAGUCGCCAGCUGUCAACUGUGAUCUCAAACGUACUCUGCGUAAAAGAAGCGAUCAUUUCCUGCAUAAACAAAAGUCGCCAAAAUCGAAAAGCUAUGAUACAUCUUCGCUGCAGGGUCAUAGAGCGGAGGUCAGUGGCGACAGGGAACUAAAUGAAGAUGAGGUGGAUGAAUCUCUACUGCCACCACCAAAAAAGAAAUGGAUACGUCACUAUCUAAAUGAAGAUGAUAACACCUUGGUCUCCUCCAUUACAACCUCGCCAUGUCUGCUAGUCAGCCAUACAGGCCCUAGCGUCACCUUGUCCUCCCACAACAACAACGUCAACAAUAACACCACUGGUGGUAGUCGAGGCACAAUAGUGGCACAAUCAGAACAACCACUUUCGCCACAACAACUCGAAGAACCCGAGGAUAUUGAAAUGUUGGUGGUAGACGAAUUGCCGCCACAGACAAGUUCCCGAAAUCCUCAAACACAGAGUGUCUCUAAAUUGUCGUCGAUCGAUAGCAAUGGCGGGGUGUUGGCAAAUUCUGCUGACAAUGUUUCUUCCUCCACUUCCACUUCCAUGACCAGACAACAUUUGCUGCUGAGCAAUGGUGUACGCAUUGUGUCGCCGGCUACAAUAAUGGGUUUGCAACAGCAACAGCACAGUGGUAAUGGUUUGGGGGCAGAAUUGCCAAAGACCAUUAGUAUUCCUUUGGGUGGAAAAAAUCAAAUACCUAUUUUAAGUGCAGUGCCUUUUGCCACAGUGUCAUCGGUGGCGGCCACCCAACAACAGGCCUUGAGCGGUGGUGGCCUUGCCAGCCGACACAAGCCUUUUACCCCGCUAACCCCACCGCCAAUGUCGAGUAGAAAAUUUGUUGAGCCCUCACAAUAUCGCAUACGAAGUUACUCAUUGUCCUCCCAUAAAAUUUCAGCCAACCAUCAAAUGCAUGUACAAAACUCCAACAAUGGUAACCACAACCACCACUCCAGCAACGUCAGCGGCAGCGGCAGCAGCAACAGCAAUAGCAUGAUGGUCGAUGACAUACCGCCAACGCAACAGCAUAGUGGUGGCUAUGCCACCUCAACCUCGUCAUCCAUAUCGAAUAGUCAACAUUCGCCGCCACGGCAGGGAGCUGGCAAUCACUUUAUACACAUGAUGAAUGCUGCAGCAGCAUCACAGCAGGGCGGAUCUGCUGGCGGCAACCCGCAUGUGACGCCUAGAAGGCGUACCAUAAGUUCCACAAGUAAUGGGGCCGGUACCCGUGAAGUUCAUAAUAAACUGGAAAAGAAUCGUCGUGCCCACUUAAAGGAAUGCUAUGAGGCAUUAAAAAAUCAACUGUCACUAAAGGAUGAGGAUCGCAGAAAAACUUCAAAUUUAGCUAUAUUGGGUGAAGCUUUAAAAUGUGUCCAACAUUAUCAAAAACAAAAACAAGAAUUGGAAGCACAAUGGGAACAUUUGGCCAAUGAAAAAAUUAAUAAACAAAAACGUAUUGUUUUCUUAAAACGCGAACUCGGUCCAAAGUAUGAACAAAUAUUUUCGGGUAUAUUUCCGGAUAUCGAAAUUGGUAGCAUUCCAAGUGAGAGCGACACCAUUACUGAUGUACAUUCACUCUCAUCUGGCCGUGGCAGUACAUUGUACAGUUCAUCCAGCUCGCUGUCCAGUGGUGGCAGCAAUGGUAGCAACAGCAACGGCAGCAGCAAUGCAAUGUCAUCACCAGUUGGCGCUGGUUUACAAACUGCUAUGCCAACCGCAAUCUCGCCUGUGAUAACUAAAAUCAACAACAACUCUAACAACAACAACAACAGCAACUCUUCAACAUCACCAAUUUCAAUUAACGGCAACAAUUUGAUGUUGCAGCAGCAACCGCAACGCAAACAUCCAACGACAACAAUUGCUACGACUACAAUACAAGCCGUAGCCAUCCCAACUCAGGUCGUCACUGGACUUGGAGGAGGCAACACUGCUGGAACAGCAACGGUAACAAUCAAUGGCGGAGGUGGCGGAAAUAACAGUCCCACAGCUGUCAGCUCCAAUGCUUUGGUCACAUUCGGUGGCAGCACUAUGCCAUUGUCGUUGACGGCCAAAAAUAUUUCGGCCACAGCCAUCACACGUGGCUCGCCAACACCAUCGACACCCUCACCGUCACCAUCCUCAUCGAGUGGCGUCUCUUCAUCGUCAUCUUUGAUCUCGUCAUCACCUCCCAUCAAUGGGGUGAUUAGUAAUGGUCGCAAUGUGACCGUUAACAUUCCUAAUGGCUUGAAAUUACAAGCAGCCACCGUCAAUGGAGUGACUGGCACUGUAAUCGGCAAUGGCGCCACUUCGGCUGCCGCAACCAUAAUCGCAACUUCAGCACCCGCACAAGGAGUCAAUAAUACAAACAAUGCAGCAGCUCUGGUCAACAGCCACUUUCCGAGCCAACAACAAAUCAGUGGUGGUCGUAAGAAAACUUUAAGCUUGGUUGGCAGUAGCAACAACCACCACCAUGGCACAGAUAAUGCAAUGGCCAAAAAUCAUCAACAUCAUCAGCAUCUGCCACAAACGCAUCAUCACAAACAGACACAAAAUCAUCAACAAUCCACGGAAGAUGGGGAGCAGCCUGCAAAAUUAUUAAAGGUAUUCAGUGGUAGUGGUGGUAUAGGUGUUUUGAGUGGCAUGGGCGUUAGUAGUAAUCCACAGCGUGAAGGUGUGACUGCAACCAAUGUAACCAGCCAUGCCCAAACUAUUACCCAUGCCAACAACAGUUUGCUCGGAGGCUCAGGUGACAAUUCAAAACUACCACCAACAAGUGACAAAUUGCUAACGAAUGGCUUUGCGGCAGCAUCUUCCCCGUUUGCAGCCAGCGAGUUGUGCCGUUUGCCCGGAGGGGCUGAAUUGAACAUUCUACCAGCCAGCAGCAGUACUGCCUUAAAUGGCAUAAAAAUAGGUGGUCCCAACACCAACGCCACCACCACCACUUUGGCUACAGCAUUUUAUCAUGCCAAUGGCAAAAUCACAUUUACUAAUAACCUACCCGCCGUAACCUCAUCUGCCGCCGCAACCACAACAUUACUACCAUCAGUAUCGUCAUCAUCAACAAUGCCAAAUAGAACAACAAGCACUAAUGGAAUUUUGCUCAACGGAACAGAUACAUCAAGUGUUGCACCACCACCACUGCUGGCAGCUCCACCAUCCGGAAUGUCAACAGCUAAAUUAAGCAGUCUGCAUUUCCCCAGCAAUUUUGCCCAAUUAUUGGCUGCUGCGAAUGCUACCAGUAACAAUCAAACAACAACCAACACCAACACUUUUGUAACAUCCAGUAAUUAUGGCGUGCACGUCAGUGGCCCAUCGAAUAUAACAAAUUUGACGGCUAUGGAAUCACCAAAAUCAAAAUCAACAAUUGUUGGAUGGCGUACUGGAGCUACGACUACUAACUAAAACUAGCAAAAUUAGCAGAGAACUUAUAUGGCAAAUGGUUGUAAAACGAAACAAAGUCUCAAUUCAGUUUUUUUUUUUUUUGUAAAGAAAUCAAUCAAAUAGCAAACAACAACAAUAUCUUAACACAUACUACUCCAGGGUGAAACAAGAGUGUUGAGUCGUCAUCGCCGCCGUCAAAGUCGAAUACGAAUGCAGUCCUAACGAUUGAAGAGAAAAAUAGUAAGAAAAAAAUAGCUUGAGGAAUGAAAACAACAAAAAAUGAAAAUGCUCCCACCUUUUGUCUAUCAUGACAUGUGACAACACACCACAACAACAACAACAACAACAAAAUAAAGCAAAACAAACAAACAAAACAUGAAAUGAACAAUUUAUAUAAUGAUACAAACAAAAAUCAUCAUCAACAACAAUUACUAAAAAAAAAAACACACCUUCUUAUAUAGAUCGAUAUACAUAUACACAACAAAGUACAUAGAGUGCAUACAUGUAUAUUAGAAUACAACAGCAGGAGGUUUUCAUUCAUUCACCACUUUAAACUACAUACAAACACGUAUUUACAUGUAUAUUAUACGAGUAUCAUAUGAAAAAAUCAAAUCAAAUCAAAACAAAACCCAAAACUAUCACCUACAAACACACCUAACCUCCUACCCCUUACACACACACACACACACAUGAUAUGAUUAGCAACGAUACAUUAGAGAGGUAUGACAGUAAGCGCUACAAUUACAAAUUACGCAAAGAGACAGAAAGCGAGAGAUUUAUUUAUACUAAGCAAAACAAAAAGAAAAUGAUAUUGAAGAUAAAAACAGUUCCGCCCAUCGUUAGCAUCAACGAUUUCGUAAACACAUAUAUGAAAAAAAGUUAGUAGAAAAGAAGAAAAAUCAAACGAAUUGGAAUGUCCAAGAAAAGUAAGGAAAUUUGAUUUCUCAACCCAUCUCUUCCCGCACACACUGAUUUUUUUUUUUUAGUUAUCCCUUGCCUUGCCUUUCUCCAACGAUAGCCAGCCCGUUCGUUCUGCCGAAAAUCUCCACAGUAGCCAUAAUAGCAAAAGCAAUUUUGAUUCAUUGUUCUGGGAACCCACAUGAGGUUUCCUGUCUAUCUUUCUUUCUGCCACAAAAACAAAAUUUUUAAAAAAUUUACUUGAAUAAUGUAUUAUUAUUUUUUUUUAGCUCUAUUCAACUAUAAUUAAAAAUUAUAGUUGAAAUUAAAACCAGUUCUACACCCAAAUUCUAUUCAAAAAUUUUUAUUUUAUUUGGUUUUUUAAUUGAAAAUUUUAUAUAUUUAUUUUUGGUUAUUUUAUUUGCUUAAAUAAAAAUUUUAUUUUUUUUUUCUUCCAUUCAACUACAAACAAAUCCAGUGAUCAAAGUUCUUCAUUCAAUUUUCAUUCUUUUUUUUAAUUAAAAAUUUGUUAAUUUUAUCGUUCAACUAUAGUUUAUUUAAUUUUUGUUGAUUUUAUUAAAGCUGCUUUUUAAAUUGAUAUGGCAUAACAAUUUUAAAGUUGAUAUUUUUUCUAUCAAAAAAUUAGCUGCAGUAAAAAUUUUUAAUUGAACCAAAAUUAAAUUUCAAAAAGAUUUGUGCAAUAAAUAUAUAUUCAAUUUCAAUUAAUUGUUAAUGUGUAUAUUUUGGUUAUAUAUUUUCGUUUUUGUGCUAAGAAUUACCUUAAAAAAAUCUCUUUCAGAUUCUCUUACCUGUCUCAAUUUACUGAAACAAAAACAAUUCUGAAAUGGAUGAAUUCACGGUAUAUAAUUUGGGAGAUUAGGAUUUUGAUCCUCCCAAGGUAAAUGGUAGGAAAUUGUUUUGGAUUUUCUGUUUAAUGUAGGUUAUAAAUUUUUAAAAAUGUUUUUAACUUUAUAUUUUUAUUAUCAUGCAGCUUUAUAAGCUUCCAAAAUUGUGGAUUUUGCCAUAGGAUAGGGGUAUACUAAUUUCAUCAUUCUGUUUGUAUAACCUCGAAAAAAAGCGUCUAAAACCCCAUAAAGUAUAUAUAUAUAUUCUUGAUCGUCAUAUCAUUUUAAGUCUAUCUAGCCAUGUCCGUCCGUCUGUCUGUCAAAAGCACGACAACUUUUGAAGGAGUAAUGGGCCAAAUCGGUCCAUGUUUUCAUAUAGCUGCAAUAUAAAUCUAUAUUGGCCUCUAUAGGGUGCAAUUCUCGUCGGAUUUGACUGAAAUUUUGCACGUGGUAUCACUUCCAACAACUGUGCUAUGUAUGCUUCAAAUCGGUUCAUAACCUGAUAUAGCUACCAUAUACACCGAUCUGGUGUCUUGACUUCUUCAGCUUUUAAAACGGCGCAAUUGUUAUCCGAUUUGGCUGUAAUUUUGCACGUGGUGUUUUGGUAUCACUUUAAACAACUGCGCUAAGUACCAUUCAAAUCGGUUCAUAACCUGGUAUAGCUGCCAUAUAAACUGAUCUUUAAUCCUGACUUCUUUAGCCGCUAUAGGGCGCAAUUCUCAUCCAAUUUGGCUGAAAUUUUGCCUAGGAUGUUUUGUUAUGACAUCCAAUAACUGUGCUAAGUAUGACGAAAAUCGGUACAUAACCUGAAAUAGCUGUCAUAUAAACCGAUCUGAGAUUUUGACUUCUUGAGCCCCUAGAGGGCGCAAUUCACAUCUGAUUUGGCAGAAAAUUUGUACAACGGCUUCUCCCAUGACUUUCAACAUACGUGUCCAAUAUGAUCUGAAUCGAUCUAUAGCUUUAUAUAGCUCCCAUAUAAACCGAUCUCCCGAUUUUGCUUCUUGAGCCCCUACAGCGCGCAAUUCGAAUGAACUGAUAUAUUACACAAUGACUUCUACAAUGUUCCGAAUCAGACUAUAACUUGUUUUGUUUUAUUUUUCAGAUUGUCAGAUUGUGUUUACAUUUUAGGGUAAUGUCAUAAAAAAAACAUAUACAAGUGUUAUAACAAAAAUGAUGAAUCGUAUAUCUUAUGACAUAUGUGACAUGUCAUAAGACAAGCACAUAUAGUGUCAUAGCAGCUUAAGUGCCGUCACUAUAGGGUGACAAGCCGUUCGGACUCGGCAUUAGAAAGCAGGACACUUAUUAUUGAGCUUAAACUUGUAUCGGGCAGCACUAAUUGAUAUGAGUGAAGUAUCCCCUUAGAGGAUUUUUGGUAUGGUUGAAAGGCGCGUGACUAGCAACCUUGUUUGCUGGCCUUUUCACUCAUAAAGAGAGAGAAAAAAGGAGACAAUAAUUAAAGUCCACCAUGGUUAAGUGCACAUCUCUGGAACCAAAAAGAGGGAUCUAGGUAGGCCAGAGAGGAGUUCUCAUAGGCGGGUGUUCCGCCCAGUCAGCCACUUGGCCUUCUACCGUAGUCCAGAAUGACCAUAGGGCAUAGUGCCUGGAGGAAAUCCAGGUACGAAAAAGUGUGCUCAUCCAAAAAUAUGUGUCUUUUUCUCGCAAUUGUGCGGUAAUGACACAAAAGUUACUCGACUGCUUCCAAAUCCUUCUCAUCAACGCAGACCCUCCAGAUGUCUUCCUCUCUCAGUGUCCAACGCUAAGCCAAAGAAUUGACGUUGCAAUUACCAGUCAGCCAGUCACUCAUAUCAGCAGUUCGAGGCCAUGCUUCCUCAGCCCCAGGAUAAGUGACAUUAUGUUCCGUGAAACAACUCAUGACGUCAGCCUACGCCUGAUUCACACAGGUUAAAGUAGAAAGCCUCUAUCCUACCGAUAAACUUGAAAAGGGUACGGUUCACUGGAUCAGUAUCACGACCAGCGCUCGCCACGCGAUAACUAUGAGGAGGACUAUGCGAGUUGAAAUCCUUAGCUCCGAUUUAUAUGAUCUUCAUCGUCGACACCAGAAGCUCAGCUGAGAGCUACCCGGCGCUUCAAGAGGUUGCGGUUAGUGGAGUGCCCCGUGUACGGAGUAAUUGCAAAUGAAAAAAAUGCAAAUUUUGCCCAUGACCAUUCCUCUAAAGAACAGGGGCAAACUUCUCACAUAUCAAUGAGUGCAGUCCGAUUCAAGUUUAAGCUCAAUGAUAAGGGGCCUCCUUUUUAUAGCCGAGUCUGAACGGUGUGCCGCAGUGCGACACCUCUUUGGAGAGAAGUUUUACAUGGCAUAGUACCUCACAAAUGUUGCCAGCAUUAGGAGGGGAAAACCACCGCUGUUUUUUUUAUGGUCUCGCCAGGCGUUCAGCAUUAUAGGCGGUCAUGCUAACCUCUGCUCUACGGUGGCCUGCAAAUGCAGUCGAGGAUAAUCAGCGGUAUGGAGGGAAGAGUCUCAGUGAGGGGCCAGUCGGCACUGGCUCUUGCCCAAAUGCUGAGUGCCUAUGGUACUCGAUGUGACAAGGCGAGUUUUAGGCCCCUUUAAAUAAUCAAUAGGCAAUACAAUAAAAUAAGCUUGCUCACCUUAACGAGGAUUGUCAUCGCCACAUACAUAUGUGGUUAGGAUAGGUUAGGUAAGAGUGGCAGUACUUUUACAGACUCACUUAGACAAUUUUAAGUCCAUUGUGAUACCACAGUAGCGACAGACCAAGGCUUCUGGUGGGAAUCGAACCCACUACCCCUGCACUGGUAAUCCAAGCACGCUACCUACUCUGCUACUGGGACGCUGAAACAACAAUAGCUCCCGGUAUCUAGCAGAGCUAGACAGCCUUCUCCAUGGUUUGAAGAAACUCUACACCUCCUAACCCUUUCCUAUAAAAAGUUAUAUUCUGCGUUAUUAAUCUGAAACUUGAUUUACAACAAUUGUCGUUUUAUGGUAUACCAUUCCCAUUCUUUGUCCCUAUGAAAUGAUCUCUCAAAUCAGUUUUAUUUUACAAAUCGCUUUUUUUAACAUUUGUAAGACCCAGAACAGUGCCUGUUGAUUUUUUUUUUGUACUUGCCAUGAACAAAUUAGCGAUUAUGAAGUGAAUGUCGGCGAAGGCAAUAUUUAGUCUAAACACCUAACCCAUAUAUGGACUAAAAAGCUUGCACAGUGAUUUUUAAACAUUUUUUAAAUCUACACAUGCCGAUAAGGUAACUGCAAAAUUGCCUAAUUUUUUUCUUCUCUUUGGACGCAUUGAUUUUGUUUCCUUAAAUUCUUUAUGAGAUUACAGCUGGACUGUUGAGUUUGUCUCAGAAGGCCCUCUCCAUGGUGACUCCUCCCCAAUAUUUAGCUUGUAUAUAAUAAGAUCUGUUAUAAGUGUAGCAUAUAUGAUGAUACUAAGCUAACAAUCCACCUAUCCAUUAACCUUCCUCCAACAACAAAUGAAGAACCCUUAGCCAAUAUUUCAUCCAAACCAUCAUCAUAUGUUUUUAAAAUGAACGUCAGUGUUUCCGUUUCCGCAUAUCCGUUCUUCUUCUCGUAAGACAAAGAACAUCAUAAAAAAAUACACAGAACUCAAACUCAAAAAAAAAAAAAAAACAAAAACAAAAAAAUAUUACGGAAAAAAAUGAUAUGUGUUAUGUAUUAGUUUAUAAAACAAGAAAGAAUUUCUUUAAAUUGUUAUCUAUAUUUUUAGUAAUUUGUUUGUAUAUUUUUCUUUUGAGUGUUUUCAUUUUCAAUUUAAACACAAAUGAAUGAAAACAAAUUAAAAAAAAAAAUGAUGAAAAAAUAAAUAAACAUGUUGUUUUUCAACGCUGUUUUGUAACAGAAACCACCAAAAAAGGCAACGCUUUAUAAAACAAAAAAAAAAAAAACAAAACAAAAUAGAAAACUAAAAAAAACUCAUUUUAAAAAAAUAUUUUUUCUAAACAAAAUUGAAGAAGGUAUGUCCCCUAUUCCCAACAUUUGUAAAGAAUGCCAUUAAAGAAAAAAAAAGUGAGCAACCAUUAAACAAAACAAAAAAACCAAACCAAGCAGUAAAAAAAAAAAAAAAAAACAAUUACAAUAUUUUUAACGAUUAAAAAUUGUAACUUAUUUUGGCAGAAAAAAACUACCAACAAUUACAGAUACUAAUUUUAUGUUAAAUGGAGAACAAAAAAGAAAAAAAAAACAAUCAAAAAUUACAAAAAUAUAUAAAAAAAACAAAUAUACAAUUACAAUUAUAACAGUGAGGAAAUAUUAAAUAUAACAGAAACAUGCUUAGUUGUUUACAAUUUGUAAGACUUUUUAACCCCAGACACCAUCAUUACCUUUUUUUUAAUCCCAGCCAAAAUUGCAUCUCUAUUUUUUUAUUAACCUCUUCUUUUCCAAUCUUUCACAUAUCCCCCCACCCAUCAAUUUUGUGCAGAUAUUUUGUUUCUAUCAUCAUAGCAAAAAUAAAUCUAAAAAAAUAUAAAAAUCUGUUUGUAAUAUUUUAAGCAGAACUAAAAAACCACGAGAAAAUUUAAAAAAAAAAAUAAAUAAUUUUCAAAAUACAAAAACAGAGUAUAUAUAUACACAACUAAAACAAACAAAAACUAAGCAGUUAAGAGAAGAAACUUUGUAAACAAAGCAGAAAAUAAUACAAAAAAAAAAAAACAAAAA